AUGGGGCAGGUGCAGAGAAAGGCUGACAGGGGCAGGGGUCCCAUCUGGGCUGGACCGACCGCCUCCUGGACCUUGGGCCACCAGAGCCAGGCCCCGAGGAAGUGGCCCUGCCUCCGCUGGCCUCUGGGUGCCCUGUCCCUGACCCUCAUCGGCACCCCUGGUCCUCAGGUCCAUCCACCCCAGGACACAGACAAAGGCCUCGUGGCUCCCAGCACGGCAGGCAGUGUGGACAUCAGCAUGUUUCCGGGGCUCCCAGCAGCCCCGAGUGUCCGGCAGGGAUGGGGGCCCGAGAUAUCCACAGGCGCAGAUGAGCCGGGACGCCCAGGGACGCUGGAGCAGGGAGCAGGCACGCAGCAAGCAGCGAGCACGGCCACCAGCACCAACUCUGCGGCCGCAGCAAACCCUGCAGGGCAGCCACCCCGCUCGGCCCCUGCUCCCCGGGGCCUGCAGGGCUCACCCUGCGGGCGGCGUCACCACGUCCAGGCCCAUGUGACCCGUGGUGCGGAGGGCUCAGCGUCGGGGCUGCAGGCAGUGGACCUGGAGCCCACAGGAGCCAGGGCGGGGUGCGCGGGCCGGGCUGGGGCCUCCCACUCCAACCGAGCUGCGAGGCCAGAACAGACACUGACCGAGCAGGACCCUCCCCGGGGCCUCCGCUGGGCCGGGGUUGGCCGGGACCAACUGCCCCGCAGGGGGCAGGAGCAGGACCCUGUCUGUGACCCCACUCCUCUGGUGCUCCCGCUGCCCCCGACCAGGGCCCUGGGUCUGGGGUCUGGACGCUGGUCCCUGGGAAGCGGGGCCUCCCAGAUCAGGGACGAUGACGACCCAGUGUCCACCCUCAGCCUCCGCUUGCAGAACAGCCUGGAGGGUCCGGCAUCCUGGCCCGGGCCUGCGAGGAUCUGGGGGAUGGACAAGCCCCUGCCCUCCCCUCGGAGGCCGCGCCCCAGGCCGAGGCCCGCUCCGCUCCCACCCGGGGGUCCCGGGACCCGCCCCAACUGCACCGUCAGCGCAGACCCUGCUGACCGCCCAGGUGGUGGGCCGGGGGCCGCUGCGGCCCCCGCGCGGGGCGGUCCGGAGAUGGCGUGA